UGGUGCGCUUGCCAUGUUUGCGGAAGUCUUGUUGCAGCAGCAGCAGCUCACCGGAGGAUUGCAAACAUUUCUGUGUAUUUUGUAGCUGUGUUUUAUAUCUCAACAUGAAUCUACCAAAGGGGCCAGAUUCGUUGUGCUUCGACAAAGAUGUUUUUAUGAAGGAUGACUUUGACGUUGAUCAGUUUGUGGCGGAGUGUCGGAAGCAGGUCCAGCUGGAGGAGAUGAGGGAGGACCUGGAGCUCUACUAUAAGCUGCUGAAAACGGCCAUGGUGGAGCUCAUCAACAAGGACUAUGCAGACUUUGUCAACCUGUCCACCAACCUGGUGGGGAUGGACAAAGCCCUCAAUCAGCUUUCUGUGCCAUUGGGGCAGUUACGAGAGGAGGUUAUGAGUUUGCGAUCUGUUGUGAGUGAAGUGAUUCAGGCUAUAGACAACCAGCUAACCAAACAGGAUGAUCUGCAGAAAAAAAAGGUGUGUGUAUUGAGGUUGAUUCAGGUGGUCCGGUCAGUGGAGAAGAUUGAGAAGAUCCUCCACUCACAGAACACCAAGGAAUCCAACUCUCUGGAAAUCAGCAGUCCGUUGUUAGCUGGUCAGAUCUUGGAGAGGAUUGCUACAGAAUUCAACCAGCUGCAGUUCCAUGCUGUACAGAGCAAAGGCAUGCCCCUACUGGACAAAGUCAGACCUCGUAUCGCAGGAAUCACCUCCAUGCUGCAGCAGUCUCUGGAGGGCGUGCUGAUCGAGGGUCUGCAGACGUCCAAUGUGGACAUGGUGCGUCACUGCCUGAGGACGUAUGCCACCAUAGACAAGACGCGAGAUGCGGAGGCCUUGGUAGGACAGGUGCUGGUCAAGCCAUACAUGGACCAGGUGAUUGUAGAAGAGGCAGUGAAGUCCAGUCAGAAUGGUCUCCAGUUGAUGUACUCUAGACUGUUGGAGUUUGUUCCUCAUCACUGUAGACUGCUCAGAGAGGUGACUGGUGGAGCCAUAUCAAGUGACAAAGCUGACAUAGUGCCAGGUUAUGAUUUUCUGGUGAACUCUGUGUGGCCAGAGAUGAUCAAAGGGAUAGAGGAGCGGUUGGCAUACCUCUUCAACCCUGGAAACCCCGACAUAUUUUAUGAGCGUUACAGCACGAGUAUGGAGUUUGUGCGGAGGUUUGAGCGUCAGUGCAGCUCCCAGGCCAGCGUGAAGAGACUGAGAGUACACCCAUCAUAUACCAGCUUUCAAAACAAAUGGAACCUGCCUGUCUACUUUCAACUACGGUACAAGGAAAUAGCAGGAAGUCUGGAAAAUGCCAUCAGUGAUGGACUUGAGGCAGCACCAGCUGGCAGUGUAUACCACCUGCAGGUGUCUGAGGUGUUGUGGUCCUGCCUGAUGAGAUGUUGGUCAGACAAAGUCUACCUGUCACCUCUGGCUCAUCGCUUCUGGAAGCUCACGCUGCAGCUUUACUCACGAUAUGCCAAGUUUCUUGACGAGGUGUUGACAAAGACUCCGGCCCCUGAGGUGACUAAAGAGCCAAUCAGGCCUCUGCCGAGCUCGGCGUCCUCCACCUCCAGCCGAACGUCGGGGCAGGAUGAGGGCGGCAGUGAGAGUGGGAGUCCUGCCUCGCUGUCUACCAAACAGCUGGUCUACAUCGCAGCUGACGUCCAGAAGCUGCAGGAGCAGAUAUCAGAGUUGUCAGAGAUGGUCAGACAGAGGUUAGAAGCCAUCGGAUUCAAAAACUUUGUGGUUGUUGAAGAAUCUCUUUCAGACUCCAAGGCUUGCCUGUCGAGCAGUAUUCCCACCCUGAACAACAGGAUGACCCAGCAUCUUACUGAACGCAGUUGCCGUUUCCUGAAGAGUGCCUCCGAGGUCCCGCGACUCUACCGCAGGACUAAUAAGGAUUUGCCAGUGCGUGCAUCCGCCUACAUGGACAACGCUUUACGCCCGUUACAUCAGUUGCUGACUGACUCAACGGGGCUGGUCACCCCCUCUACAGCACAAGAGUGGCUGCGAGUUACACUGUCCGACUGCACACAGAGGUACUAUGAAACCAUCUCAGAGGUGCUCAGCUCUGUGAGAAAGAUGGAGGAGAGUCUGAAGCGAUUGAAGCAAGCCAGAAAGGGUGCGAGCACAACUACCACAGCAGGAGCAAAUGGCGGACCCACAGACGACAGCAAGAUCAGACUUCAGCUGGCACUGGAUGUAGAAUACCUGGGGGAACAGAUCCAGAAGAUGGGUCUCCAGCCAAGCAACAUCUCCAUGUUCUCCACUCUGAUGGACCUGGUCAAAGAGGCCCGAGAGCUCGCUGAACAGAACCAGUAAAACGCUGACUCCCUAGUAAGUGAAACCCUCAACAUGCUGCAUUGCCUGAAGACUUCUGAAGGAAACAUUCAUAUCAGUCCAGGACUGCAGAGAAUAUAAGACUAACACUACUGAACACAAACUGCAGAUUUUUGCUGGAAACAGCAAAGAAACUUUGUUGUGAGUGCGACUGGAUCAUCACUGGUUAAGGCAAUUUCAAUAAAAGGGGCAGCAUGGUACUAUGUUCAUUCAAUUCUUUCCACCAAAUGACUGAUGCCGGAUGCAGGCGAUAUGCACUACUCUAUAGAAAAUGAUUGUUGUCUUUAUGUUGGGCUGAAAAAGAGUCUUAACUUUUAAGUUGUAAAGAGAGAAUGUAAAACAAUAAUGUCUAAUGUCUAAUUUCUGAUACUUGGUGAAGGCUGCAUCUCAAAUAAUGAAGUCUGCUAGUGUGAAACAUGUACAUUUUUGUUUAAAUCAAAGUUGUAUAAUUUAAUUAACAUUAAUUAUCUUGGGAAUAAAAUGAAGUACUUUGGCUA